GCAACACCAAAAGCUACGUCAGGAUCGGGAAGGACCUCUCCGAGUCGUUCGAUACCAAACGAAGUUUCACACAAGGCGCCUCCCUAUCGUGCGACUUUUUCAAUCUGUUGCUGAAAAAAAUAAUUCAAGCUGCAGAACUUAAUCGAGCAGGUACAAUCUUUUAUAAGAGUGUACAGCUGCUGGCGUAUACUGAUGAUAUUGAUAUCAUGGGCCUCAACACCCGCGCCAGUAGUUCUGAUUUGCCCAGACUGGACAAGGAAGCAAAGCAAAUAGGUCUGGCAGUGAAUGAUAGCAGGACGAAAUAUCUCCUGUUGUCAAACAAACAGUCGUCGCACUCGCGACUUGGCUCCCACGUCACUGUUGACAACAACCGGAAUGUUUAACGUGGGCACCUGCUGACGACAGCCUUACUCCACGGUACUCAAAAGUACACGGAUCAAAUCAAAGCGUUGAUCAGCGCCCUUGGCAGUGUGGAAUGGACAAUUGGCAGUGUGGAAUGGACACACUAACCACCUUGGUGGGAUUCGAGGCCCAUCUAAAACCUCUGCCGUGCUUUGGGUCCGGCACCCGGUUGCAAUGCAACUCCACAUCGAACCAACAAAACGUCAGUUCUACCCGCAUUUGGGUACAAACCACAACCACCACAAUACUGCCCGAGGGGCCAAUCCGCAUGAACAGGUUGGAGUUACCUCCAAGGGCUCCUGCUCCCCGUGGUACCAGAAUUAAGUCUCCGGUCAGACCUCGUAGCCGAAACUACUACCAGUUGAGCUUCCAUACUGCCCUGGACUGGUGGCCAACAAAGAAGGUGAGGUUGGACCCCACUGACACACAACACUCAUAUCAAAAACUAACCCUAAUUCACAGUUAAACGCCUUCGCCGCUUAAAAACCUCACGCGCAUACAUCCCUAAUAAUUCGGUAUUCCGACUAGUGGAGAUCACACCACUAACAUCUAAGUGCCCAUUAGUCCAGCUAAUCCCCAUACCUCCCAAAUCCCUAAUGUCAGAGUACAUCGGGCAUUCUGCAAUAACAUGCACCCAAUCUUCUACCCGCGCCCCACAAAAACAACCGGACCGAUCAGAUAGGUGCCUCUGAUGCAAAAAUGCAUUCAGAGGCCCAUGCCCCGUAAACAAAAAACCCAGACUCAGACAAAAACUGAAGUCUGGGUUAUCCGCAACAAACCCAACAUCCCGAAUGUACUCGUACGUCACUCGGCCAAUGGGACAAUUGUCCCAACGUUCUUGCCACCUACACCUAACCCUAUCAUCUAGAAGCCUCUUGCUCCCUAGAUAUCCCUCCCUCUCCACAUCAUCAUCGGAGAUCCAAUCACACUGCAGCAAGGAAACACUCAAACCCCUUCUUAACCUGAAAGCAACAGCACGCUGUAUAACAAUCAGGGGGGUUACUCUGUAAGGCGUUACGAAUAGCAAUGCGUUGCGAAAGUGAAUUGCGUUGCGAAGGGAAAUCGGUACUCUGUAACACUUUCGCAUUGUAAACAGUGUUGCACUGUUUUCACGUUGACAAAUUUCUAGUAUAGUUGACAUUACAGACCGAAACGAAGGAGAAUGAAAACAAAAUCAAUAACAGAAAAGUGAAGAAGUGUAGAAAAAUGACAGAGAAACAUAAAACUAAAUUUGAAGAGUUUUAUAAAUAUAUAUAAGUAAUUUUAAAUAAAAAAAAAAUGUGAAUAUGGAUUGCGUUGUGUUGUGGGAGGAAACGAACGAACGAAAUGAACGAGUGGAGCGGAAAAUGAUUAGAGACAAGUCCAAUGUGAUGAGUCUUAGUGAAAAAAGGCAAGUUUGAAUGAUAAAGUGUAAUGCAAUUUUUUAAACUUGUUUGUGCUUUUACUCGUAAAUAGUUUCGUGCAAAACUUUCGCCUAAGUAAGGAAUCAUUCAAAUAUGUGUUGGACAGCAUAAGUAGUGAGCUAAAAACUCCACGCAGGUCGACAGGAAUACCCGAAAUUGUGAAAUUAGCGGCCACUUUAAAAUUUUUGGCGCAGGGAGGGUAUCAAUAGCAAAUUGGACAAGAUCACCACACAGGACUAGCUCAACAAACUGUUUCCCGUUGUGUGUUUGAAGUUUACAAAGCGAUUGAGAAAGUGCUGUGUCCAAAAGACAUAACUUUUACAAUGACUUCAGAGGAGAAAAAUGAAGCGAAACGAGCCUUUUACUCAGUGUCUGGAAUUCCAGGAGUAAUUGGAGUGGUGGAUGGUACUCACAUCCAAAUGAUACGACCGGCAGUAAAUGAACAUUUAUAUUUUAAUAGGAAAUUAAAACAUAGUAUAAACGCUAUGGUGAUAUGUGAUCAUAAGAUGAUGAUCAAAGCCGUUAACGGUCGAUUUGCUGGGGCGUGUCAUGAUUCACAUGUGUGGAAUUUGUCAAGCGAGCGCCCAUAUUUACAAACCAACUAUGUGAAUGGAGAAAUAGGAAUUCGCAUUCUAGGCGAUUCUGGUUAUCUGCUUGAGCCAUGGCUUUUAACUCCAUAUAGAAAUGCUGCUGAAAACUCUGCUGAAAGUUACUACAACUACAAAUUUUCAAAAGCCAGAUCCCUUAUCGAACGAGUAUUUGGAGUAUUAAAAGCGCGGUUCCGAUGCCUUUUAGCUGCUAGAGAACUGCAUUAUGCCCCAGAAAAAGUGGUGAAAAUUUUAAACGUAUGUUGUGCACUUCAUAAUAUUUGCACUCUUUUUAAUGUGGAAUCACCUGUAAAUAUAGCAGUAGAAGUUGAAGAAGUCGAUACUAGUUAUACUGAAACCAUAGGAAAUGCGAAUGAAACCAAUAUUGCUAAACGUUUAAGAGAUCAAAUAAAAAACAGUAUGAUUAGUUUAUAAACAUAUAACACUAUUCAAUAAAGUAAACUUUUUAAUUUUUCAUAUUUUCACAUUUAUUUGAUUAAAAUCCACAUUAAUGAUAUAAAGCUUUAGUCUCUUGUACAUGUGUAUAAAUACUAUAUCUAUAUAUGUCAGUAUUAUA